AUGAUAUCCAUGCCGCCUGCCAAAGACAUGGCUUCCGUUCUCGCCUUCCUCGACGCCGCCAACCGACAUGUCUUUCUGCAGCCGCCCAGCUCGGUCCCGACUGCGUCGCUGCAGCUCGCCAAGGACACUCUAGACGCCUUCGCCGGCCAGGUCAGCGACGAGCAACAGCAGCAGCUCAGAGAGGCCGGCAAGAAGCGCAAGCGCGGUGGGCAGGGCCUGGACAGAGGAGAGGUCCUCAAGAUCCGCAAGCUUCACAUCGAUGGUUUUGAGACUGGCCAGGUCUGGCAGCAGGCCAAGCGCAUAAUAUCGAGUGCACUGCUACAGUCGGAGGAGACUCUGAGGGAGCUCGAAGAGUCCAACCAGAUCGAGACUGGCGAUGGGCCCAAACAGCUCGAGCAAGCCGAUAUACAUGGCGAAGACGAGUCCGAAGGUUCAGACAGCGAGUCUGAAGCAGAGUCAAGUGGAGAUAAUGAUUCACAAGUCGAGGAGGUCAAUGAGGAUGAGCAAGACUCCGAUGACCUCGACGACCUCGGGGAUCUGCGAGACGACUGGGAAGAGGAAGAGGACGAGGAGGGCUUGGAAGGCGAGGAAGGAGAUGAUGUCGACGACGAUGAGGAAGACUUUGAUGACGAACCCGAGCAAGAAUUUGUAGAGGACCCCAACGGCCUCAACGACGGCUUCUUCUCUAUCGACGAUUUCAACAAGCAGACUCAGUGGUUCGAGGAUCAAGAUGCAAGAGCCGACCCCAACACCGACGCCGCUGAUGACGACGAUGAGCUGGAUUGGCAUGCCGACCCAAUGUCACAGCCCCAGGGCAAGCCCCAAACAUCUCGCAAGGGUGGCCGUGACGAGGAAGACGACCCAGAACUUGACGAGGAAGACGAGGACGAUGAAGCCGGACCCACCUUUGGCAACAUGGCCUUGGAUGCGCCGGAAGGGGACAGCGAUGAUGAAAUGGAAGAGAACAUCGAGAAUGGGAUGGACCUCGAUCUCACAGCGAACGAUAUUUUCUACAAGGACUUCUUCGCGCCGCCACCCAAGAAGGCCAAGAAGGGCGCGAAGCCAGUAAAGCGGUCUCUGCCCAAACCUGCAGAGAUCCAGGACGAGGACGUCGAGCGAGCCAUGGCUGAUGUCCGGCGUGACCUUUUUGAGAACCUCUCAGACCAGUCAGAUUCUGAGGAUGCUCUCUCCGAAGUUUCCGCUGGCGACCCCAGGUCACGGCGUUCUGCGCACGAAAGGAGGCAAGCCAAGCUGCUCGAAGAGAUCCGCAAGCUAGAAAGCGAAGCCGUCAAGGAGAAGAAGUGGACUCUUAGCGGUGAGGCGUCCGCUCCUGCCCGCCCGCACAACUCGUUGCUAGACGAAGAGCUCGACUUCGAGUACGUCGGCAAGCCCGUGCCCGUCAUCACGCAAGAGGUCAGCGAGGACAUCGAGGACAUGAUCAAGCGCCGCAUCCUCGCCCAGGAGUUUGACGACGUCAUCCGGCGCCUGCCCACCGGCGACCUGCCCGCCAACACGCGGCGGGGCCUCAUCGAGAUCGACGACAAGCAGGGCAAGAGCCUGGCCGAGAUCUACGAGGAGGAGCACGUCAAGAACGCGGACCCGGACUCGUACGUCAGCAAGGCGGACGAGAAGCUGCAGAAGGAGGAGAGGGAGGUCGAGCAGAUGUGGAAGGAGCUGAGCGCCAAGCUCGACUCGCUCAGCAGCUGGCACUACAAGCCCAAGCCGGCGGAGCCGUCGCUGACGGUCGUCGCCGACGUGGCCACCAUCGCGAUGGAGGACGCGCAGCCGACGACGGCGCAGGGCGUCGCCGGCGGCGAGAGCAUGAUCGCGCCGCAGGAGGUGUACCGGGCCGGCAAGGAGACGGCCGAGAAGGGCGAGGUGGUCAACCGGGACGGCCUGCCCGUGGCGCGGCAGGAGAUGACGCGCGAGGACCGGACGCGCAAGCACAGGCGCAACAAGGAGAGGAUCCGCAAGAGCGGCGCCGGGGACGGCAAGCAGCUCAGCAAGAAGGCGCAGGAGAAGCAGGACACCAUCGCCGAGCUCAAGCGGGGCGGCGUCAAGGUCAUCAACCGCAAGGGCGAGAUUGUCGAUGCCGAGGGCAACAAGGCCAAGGCGGCCCAGGCGGCCACGAGCGGGAGCUUCAAGUUGUAA